UGGUCAACAAGCCUCGCUGCCAUAUAUCCUGGCUGCAAGUGUGUGAAGGGGUGAAGGCGCGCCUCUACCCGGGAGGCUAUUUUGAAACUGACCCCUCAUGGAGGCACGGGACAGCGACUGCAGCUGUUGGGAAUCAUGACUGAAGAUGACGGAUUCGGUUGUCGUGGAGGGAUAUGUCAGAUUCAGAGAUGGCAAAAAGUGGAAGACGAGGUGGGUGGCACUGCGUAAGCCGUCGCCUGUAGCAGACUGCCUGGUGCUGCUGGUGUUCAAGGACAAGAGCGAGAAGGCCCAGGGCCACAGGGAGCGGGCCAGCAUCACCCUGGAGGACAUCUGUGGCCUGGAGGUCAGCGGGCAGGGCCUGGAGGGGGCCCCCUACACCCUGGCCGUGCUCUGCCUCACACAGGCCGCCGUGUUGGGCUUCGACAGCAAGGACACCCUCCUGGCCUGGGAGGUCCGCGUCCGCUACAGCCUGGGAGAAGUUCACCGGUUUAACGUUGGAGUUUUACCAGGGACCAAGUUGGAGGGGGGAGCCGCCACGCUCCACAUAUGCAACAACCUCCUGGCGCUAGCCAGGGACAACCCCCCCGUUAUCGUGGGCCAUUGGAACCUUCCGGACCUGCGGAGAUAUGGGCCGGUUCCAACCGGCUUUGUGUUCGAGGGCGGAACGCGCUGCGGUUAUUGGGCGGGCGUCUUCUUCCUGGCGUCGACGGAGGGCGAGCACAUCAGCUUCCUGUUCGACUGCAUCGUCCGCGGCGUCUCGCCCAACCGCAGCCCCUUCGGACUCCGCCCGGUGCUGCCGGACCCCAGCGGCGGCCCCCCGGUGCCACUCCAGUCGGAGGAGCAGGUGACCCGGGAGGACCAGGACCUGGAGAGGAGGCUCAGCCUGCUCUCCCAUCGCUAUAGCAACGCCCUGUCCGUGUACACCGCGGGCGCCGCGGGCGACGACCGCAGUCUGUCGGGCUCCUCGGACACCUCGGACACCAGCCGCUCAGACGGCAGCGUGGGCAGCCGUCUGACGGUGUGGGCCGAGCCCGGCCCGGCCCCGGGUACCUCUGACAUCACUGCCGCCGCCGCCGCCGGCGGCCCCGUCGGGUUCGCCCGGCUGUCGAUCCCGAGCGCGGAGAGGCUGUCGAUCGGUCAUGGUGGGGGGGGAGGUGGUGGAGGAGGAGGAGGGGCCCGCCCCCUCGCCAAGCCCCCCCGCCCGCUCCAGGAGAUCGGGCGCCAGCGCUCCUCCGACAGCGGCAUCGCCACCACGGGGAGCCACUCCUCCUACUCCGGCAGCUUCUCCUCCUACACCGGCAGCCUGGACGGCGUUCCCGGGGAGGAGUACGCUCCCGGCGCCGGCCCCGCCCCCGGCCCCCCGCCGGGCCCCUGCACCUGCGGCUCCGCGUCGGGCCGCGGCCCCGCCCACGGGCACCUGUACGACACGCCCAGGAGCGUGGCCAGAGACGAUGAUCAGCCCCGCCCCCUCGCCGCCGCCCCCGGCGCCGAGCCACCUCCCCUCCAAUCGGAGGAGAGCGAGGCGGAGGGCGGAGUCACGGGAAGCCUGUCGCCACCGCCAACGCCGCCGCCGCCGCCGCCUCAUCCGGGUCACAUCCAAGCCCCCGUCCAAUCAGGAGACAGCAGGGGGAGCGUUGUGGCGGACUCCUCCCAGAGCUACACCUCCAUGACGGGCUGCUCCGUCUGCCCCACCUGCGGGGGGUCUAAGUGGCCACCGUACAGCUCUGGAAGUGCUCCUGGGAUAGCAGCCAUCACAGAUCAAGGACUGGAGUCCCCCGUGUGUCCGUCCGGCCCGCCCGGAGAGCCCAACGGGACGUCCCAGACGGUCAGCAUCUCCGAAGACCCCCCCGGCAAAGGGGGGCUCGCGGCGGCGGCAUCGGAGGAGAAGAGGCCGACGAUUCUUCCCAAGAAAGGGCGGGAAAAACUAGCCAGCCUCUUGGCCGACCUCAUGGGGCUCUCCGACUCUGACACCCGAACCCGCCUCCUGUCCCGGGACAGGACCGGCGCUCCGGGCCUCUACAUGUCCAUGAGCUCCGUGCUGGGACCGGGGCCCGAGCGGGAACCCGUCCGCACCUCGUGGCUCGGAGCCCCGCCCCCGACGACCACGUCUCGCCGGGAGUCCGCCGUCAUUUAUGAGAGCUGUCUGAAGUGCAUCGGAGCUCGCUGCCACGCGCCGCCACGGCUCCCCUCGUCCCUGAACCGCAACGGGAGCAGCACCUCUUUGGACGCGGGCGUCGGGCCCCUCGGGUCGUUGGGGCCCCUGGCGUGGUCCGGGCCCUUCCGGAGGGGGGGUACGACGACAGACGCCACGGCCCCUUCCCGUGGGGCGCUCCGCUUGCGUGCUCGCGCGUGCGGAGCGACUUCGGGCGGCGAGCGUCGCCACGACGACGUGACCUUUGGUCCCUCUGUGGCCGACGAAGAAAAGAGGACGCCCAACGAGGAGGAGAUCUGCUGGGGAGGCCUGCCUGCCAACGAGGCCGUGGAGAGGAGCAGCGAGGCAGAGGAAAAAGCCAAGUGUGAGCUUCUGGGGAGCAGCGGACCCUCAAGGUACCUCCAGGAGCCUGAAGGAGCCGUGUUCGCGUUCCCAGCAGAGGGGCCCGUUCCGGAGAGGCCCUGGGCCGGCGACGGCGUGACCUACGUCAACAUCCCCAUCAGCCCCACGUCCAAGAAGCAGCUCAACUACAUGGAGCUCGAGAUCCAGGAGACUGGGGCCCCGGGGUUCAGGGGCCCCGGCGCGCUCCUCCCAGCCCAGAGGACGAAGGGGGGCAGCUCCACCAGGUACGCUCACAUCGACAUCACCGCCACGGAGACGGCGCACAAAGUGGGUACCCAGCAUGCACUGGGGCGCCAGGAGGGCCUUCACACACUGGAGUUCCGGCGGCGGGGGGCGCCACAGUGACUCCGCCCCCUCCCCCAAACCCC